GUGAUAAGUCGAACUUCGCACAAGUAGGUCAACAGCCUUGGGUCGUGUUUGUAUCGUGCAUAGAUUGGUGCAUCAAUACACGAACACACAACCAACACGCCACCAGUGGGUGCAUUUAUACCCGUGUUGUGCUCACUCUAAGCUACAUACAGCUAAGUCGUGUGCAUUUCUUCAUAUCCUAGAGUGAGUGCAGGUGCUACAGCCGUAUUCGAUACCGCCCAUGAGCAAGAGUUCAGCUUGCCAGAGUUAGGCCUGCCAGAGUUAGGCCGCUUAUGUGAACUUUAUUUGAGAGGCAGACAACAAUUGCCAGAUAUCAGGACUGUGUGCGACGCUCAACUUGUCAGCAUAUGUUACGUCUUGCUGUCUAAAGUGGGGAGUAGAGUCAGCCAGCUGUCGGUAGAAGAGUCAGCCUGCUGUCGGUAGAAGAGUCAGCUAGACCAGCUGGAGAAGCGCCAGGACUUUUGACCGCCUUCAGUGGAGUCAGCACUAUAUUAUUCUCUGCUGCUAUUUUUAACCUGGGAUUUACUACUCGGGAUUUGGGAUAUAGGAUUUAUUAAAGCAGAGUCGAACGCUUGAUGACGUCACAAAGAGCAACACAACUGGACUAACUAAGGCUAUGGCGGACAAGAGGACGAGGGAGGAGAUCCUGGCGGACAUACGACGGGAGGAUGAGAGCAGGGACGUGCCGGUCACUCAAGCGGUCACCAUCGCUGUCCUGGCCAGCGUGUCGUCAUUAGCAGGGACUGUGGCCUGCCUCUCCCUGGGGUUCCUGGAGAUCUACAGGAAAGACGUCACAGCCUUCUGGAUGGCCUGCACGCCAUUUUGUUACCAGUUCAUCACGGGGAUCUACCUGGCCUAUAGGAGGCAGCUCUCUUGUAUUGGGGUGCACAUUACGCUCCUGUUGGCUACACUGCUAGUGGGCGGGGCGGGCUACAUCUACUCUAUAGAGCCUGUCUUCAUGGAGAGGCACAGCUGUGU